AUGGGGGUAUCCGACGAGGUGUACGAGCUUUGUCUGCCCGUACUGCAGGACGACUCCCUGGAAGAUGACGAUCGGACGGACAAGCUCGAGGAGCUACUGCGCCAAAGGACCACUUUGGCGGGACCACAACUGGAAAAUGCAGUCCUCGAUUGUCUCUGGCGCUUUCGCGACGCGGGUAACUCGUCCAGCUCCCCUCCCCCAAGCCGCCAUACCGUGAUCCGCCGUCCCUCUCCUGCGCCUUGGCAGGUUGGGCGCGCCCCGACACCCGUGAGCUCGUCUCCGAGGAUGAUACAUCCUCCGCCGGGCUUUGGGGUUGCUCCGCCUGGCUUCUCGAGGGUUAGGUCUUCGAACGGCUCUCCUUUCACUUCUCCCCGUCCCUCUCCUCGGCUUGCCUUUUCGAGUCCUUAUAUCCCCCAUAGUCCCAGUCUCAGUGCAUAUCAACCCAGCGAGACGAGUCCUACCCCUGAUGUCUAUGGAGACCUUGGCAGCGACACCGUCGACUGGCUCGUUGGCGACGAUUCAGGGAGGAGCGAGACUUCCUCCUUCACUGGUGAUGGCACGCUCAAUGGCGCUGCGGCCGAAUGGGUUCAACCCCAGAUAACAGACAUGAGCCCGUAUGACAUGCUUCGCUCCAUUCUUCGAGAUGACCGCUCAGACGAAGACCUUGAGCGAGCUCUGGAGUCGAACAACUAUGACCUGAGUGCGACUAUCAUAUCGCUUAUUCCCCAGGCGUUCGAAGCCCAACAUACUCCAGCCACCACUGCCGAAGGCCAAAAUACUUACCUAAUUGGGAAGUCAUUGAGCCCGGCAUUCCGUCCAUCUACUCCGGUGGGACAAGCAAAGAGCAAUAUUGUGUGUAAAUACUUCCUCCAGAGCGGACAUUGCGCUCGAGCAGAUUGCAGAUUCAGUCAUGACCCCAGUAAAACACUGUGCAAAUAUUUCAUGACAGGAAAUUGUCUAGCCGGGACAACUUGCAUCUUCUCCCAUGAUCCGUCCACUCUCAUGUCCCGCCUGGCAUUGGAAGGUAGUUCCACACCUCCCAUCCAAGCAGCGGUUCCCAAUUUCCAGAUGCAGGACUAUGAUUCGUUUCCGGCUCUCAACCCACAGUGGGUGCAACAGCUUCAGGCACUUGAGCCAACUGCUUUAGAACAGCUCUACGGCACUGGUGGAACUGUCACCUCGCCUCCUCCAGGCUUGAGCCCCUUCCCGACAUUUACCCCAAGCAACUCUAGCCAGUCUCACUCCAGGCCAGGAAGCCGCCACCACUCUCGUGCGAACACGCCGUCCAUCCCAGCUGUAGAUGAUAAUGAAGCAUUUCCGAGUCUAGGUUCUGCAGCUGCAGCCAAGGCAGGUAAGAGACAUCAUGGAAAGCGAGGACAUGGCCAUGCGCACAAAGAAAAUGGCGGACCUAACAGUCUCGCGGAUUUGGUCAGGAUGUCACCGUCCCCCAGUCCUGCCCAGCUGCGCAAGGGUGUACGGCCUGCAAAAAGCUUCAAUGGCAGUCGAGAAAACAGCGCUGCAGCCCAAGCAAUCCCGGCCCCAGAUCAUAUCCCAUGGCUGGAGACCGGCGAAAAUGCAAACAAGGCAUAUCUUCAGGCACGAGCCGAUGCGUUCAAGCACGGCAGUAUGAGAAACAAGUUCCUGCAGAGUAGCAGUGCGGCACAAGCAUGGAAUCGUAGCGAUUCUCGUGCGGCUAAAGCUCUCAGUCUCCGUGGCCAGAGCGAGAACAACCUCAUGCGGGAAGCUCAUCGGCAAGCUGCACAGUACUUAUAUGAGGAGCGUAAUAAGGACAGUGGGAGUGCGCUUGAGCUAUAUGUUGACCUUCAUGGUCUUCACCCCGAAGAGGCCGUGUCCUACCUAGAGGGCAUCCUCCUCAAGCACCAAUCAUCUUCUCGUCCCCUGUAUGCCAUCACAGGCACAGGCCACCACUCCAAGAACGGCAAAGACAAGGUGGGCAAAGCCCUUCGUGGGUUCUUGAACGAAUGGCGCUAUGCCUUCCGCGAGUUCUCUGUCCCCGGUGACCGUAACAACGUGGGCGGUAUCUUGGGCAUCGACCCAAGCAGCUACGAUCGCAGCGUUGGGGAGCGGAACAAAGAUAGUGAGGCAGAAUCGGCCACGGAUUCGGCUGCGGGUAAGGACACCAAGAUCCGCAUCAUCAAGAAAGGAGAGAUGGCAGAUGUUCCAAAGGGACCCAAGAAGGGCAUUGCCUCAUGA